AAAGUUCCAACGCAGCGAAACAAAAAUUUCAGCGUCGAAAAAAAAAUUGUUUUGCAUUUUCUUUUUUUAGUGUUUCCCCGGGUGAAAGAAAGAACGAUCAUGGCAAAAAAUCUAAUGAUUUCAACUGUCUAGCCAACUAUACAAGGUCAACCAUUUCCUGAAAUCUUGGGAAUAUAGCCUUUGAAAAAUGGAACGGGGAGUCGAUAACGCCGGUUUGGAUAUUGAAAUGGAAGGUGGUCUGGAAAAAAAGAGAUCGAUCCGUAUUGAAGAUUUGUCAACACUAGCCGUCAAGGACUUUGAUUUAUCAUCAAAAAGUGACACCCAGUCGAAUGAACAUGACAGUGAUGACGAGCCACCUGACCAAUCCUGUGAAUUUAUCGGAAAUGCGUUGGAGAAAUUCUGGACAAAGUCGGGCGAUUUCUUUUCGGAAAGAUCAGCUGCUGCCCGUAGUAUCUUCUACAUCAUCUUCGCUAUUCUUUACAAUGUUUACUUCGUUGCUAGUGUUCACUAUUCCAUCCGCAAUGGCAUUCCAAUAGAUUGGUGCGACGGAGUCGGUUUUCUUAUCGUCCUGACGGGCAUCAUUUAUCUAGGCCUCUUUUAUUUCCAAAUCGUUAAGAAAUUUUGGGGCAAAUCACUUAAUCGAGCAGUUAUAAAACCGGCCGGAAAGGCAUUCGAUCGAGCCUGGAAGUACAGUUUGGUUCGAUACGGUUUUUACCUCGUCCUAAUUGCUGGAUUAUUGACCUUCUUAAUUAUCGAUACGGCGGAUGAACGAGUUCGAUUGCAAUCCUUUGGAGGUCUUCUCGUUUUUUUGCUGCUCAGUUGGAUCUUUUCCAAAUAUCCAUCCAGAGUGAUAUGGAGACACGUCAUGUGGGGCAUAACGUUGCAACUGAUGUUUGGUCUAAUCGUUUUACGAUGGGACUUUGGGCGCAGAGUUUUCGAAUGUCUGGGACAGAAAGUUACCACUUUCCUCGAUUACACAAACGCGGGCUCGGGUUUCGUUUACGGAUAUCUUGUCACUGAUCAAAACACUUCUGGCAUUGCAUUGGGAACAAUUUUUGCCUUCAAAAUUUUGUCGGUCAUCUUUUUUUUCAGCUUCUUCGUCAACAUCUUGUAUUAUUACGGUGUUAUGCAAUGGGUCGUGCAAAAACUCGGAUGGCUAUUGCAAGUGUCCGUCGGUACGACAGCAGCCGAAUCGAUGAACGCGGCCGCCAACAUCUUUUUAGGCCAGACUGAAGCGCCGCUACUCAUCAGGCCAUUCCUUCCAAAAAUGACGAAAUCUGAAAUUCACGCAGUGAUGGUCGGCGGGUUUGCCACAAUAGCAGGAUCCGUAUUGGCGGCGUACAUCAGCUUCGGAAUCAGCGCCUCGCAGCUACUCAGCGCAUCUGUUAUGGCCGCACCGGCUGCUCUCGCCCUUGCCAAAUUGUUUUACCCAGAAACGGAAAAAUCUCAAACAAAAGCUGGAGACAUCAAAGUGCCUAAAGGAACCGAAGCGAACGCAUUGGACGCAGCAGCACAAGGAGCGGCUAACGCGGUGUUUUUAGUGGCUAACAUUAUCGCAAAUUUAAUUGCCUUUUUAGCGUUUAUCGCUUUUCUUAAUGGAGUCAUCUCGUGGUACGGAAAUCUACUCGGGGCGCCCUACGUUACCUUUGAAUGGAUUAUGGGCAAAGUAUUCAUCCCGGUUGCCUUUUUAAUGGGAGUUGCACCGGAAGAAUGCUAUCUUGUUGCCAACUUGAUUGCGCUCAAAACAAUUGUCAAUGAAUUUGCCGCAUACAGCAAAUUAUCCGAAUACAUUGCUCAAGGGAUCAUUUCGAAACGAUCCGAAACAAUUGCUACGUUUGCUUUGUGUGGAUUUGCCAAUCCCGGCUCAAUCGGGACUCAAAUUGCUGCGCUUGCUACUAUGGCUCCCGAUAGGCAAUCAGACCUGGCCCAAGUUGCGUUUCGAGCUUUUAUUGCCGGCAGUACAGCCUCGUUCAUGAACGCUUGCGUUGCUGGUACUUUGAUAUCAACGGUCUCGAACGUGCCCUUAUCGACGACCUACGCACCUUCAACGCUCACCUUUACGCCAAACAUUACCGCCAUAAUGGGUUUCAAUUCUUAGUCACCGGUCAUGUACAAUUGAGAUUCGUGUUCGAACAAAAAAACAAAGAGAAAUAAACGGAUUUUUAUUGUAUGAAACAAAA